UUAUUAGGCAAAAGCUGCGUGAUUGUGGAAGUGGGUCUAAGGUAUAUAAAUCUGGCACCAAGGCUCCUUUUUGUAACCAAAUCUUUCCACAACUUAACGAUAUGUCAGCGAGGAAACAACAACACUAAGGAAAGGAAAUAUAAGCGUCACUUACCUGCUUAUACCAUCAUCAUACUACAGGUUGUGGAAGACAUUGAUCUGCCCUUCAGUUUACAGGUACGAAUACUUGGUGGUGGUAAUAUGAGGUCCCAGCUGUGGGUGUCUGCAGGAAUCCUUCUGGUUGUUCUUCUCCCUUGCUAUGAGUGUCGUGCAGCUUUUAGCAAAGCUUCAUCAUCUGCCGGGGCUCCCCCACCUCCACUCUCUGAGUACCAACCCUUUUUACUUCGCAUGGGAGAAGAGUAUUUCCUGCGCCUGGGAAAUCUGCAGAAGUUCUCACCUGGCUCGUUUGAAAACAGUCGACUUCCUGAGGCUCAAGUUGGUAACUUUGUGAGAGCAUUGCAACAGCUGCAGCCCCCAACUCAGUGGGGAAGCCCACAGGAGCUCAGGUCCGGUGCCUUGAAUGGAGGAGAGGGUCCUUAUGGUGACCAAGAAGAGCAAUCAGAAAGGGGAAAACGUGCAGAGGAGCCCCCUAUAUCCCUGGACCUGACUUUUCACCUUCUCAGGGAAGUCUUAGAAAUGGCCAGAGCCGAGCAGAUAGCACAACAAGCCCACAGCAACAGGAAACUGAUGGACAUCAUUGGGAAAUGAUCUCUGCUCAGUUGCCAAAGAGCUGUUUGCAUCUAGCACAAACUCUUACAGUAUGAUGUACCAUAGUGCCGCCCUGAUAUCAUUUGUUUAUUUUUAUAUAGCUUCAGCCAUAGAUGAUGCACAUUCAGAGCCUAUAGCCAUUUAUAAGCAUGCACAGUGUAUAUAUGAGUGCAGUUAAAGGCAAGAAAUGUUAUUGGUAAUCUCUUCUUCUUUCAUUUUGCUGUACCCUUGAGGGUUAACCUGUAACACAUUGUCCCUAACAGAUACAGUUUCUGACUCGUGGU